AUGUCUCACUCACCCAUUCCCAUGCCAGCCUCGUACCCAGCACAUCAGUCGGCGCACUCGCGUCCUGAUCCUCCGCCAAUGGACCGUCGCGCCCUCUCGAAUGACUCGCGCCGCAACGAUCAUCCCCCACCUCCCACUCCGCACUACGACCAGCCCACCGCUGCACAGCAGAGUGAAGCUUUCCAACAGGCCUUGAACACCAUCGAGGUCCAAGGCUCUUCCGAUGACGACACCUACUCUGACUCCGNNGGCUACGAGGAGAGCAUCAAUUCCGCCUUUUCCACCUCGACUUCCAUGACCUCUUCUGUGCGCCAUUGGGAUUUCGAAAACGGCCGUCGCUACCACGCAUAUCGCCAAGGCCAUUAUCUCUUACCCAACGACGACGCCGAACAAGAGCGCGAAGACAUCAAACAUGCUACUGUCUUGACUGUCUGCGGCGGCAAGCUUCACUUUGCCCCCAUCCCCAAAAAUGCCUCAGACACACGCAUUCUCGACAUAGGCACCGGCACCGGCAUUUGGUGCGUCGAGAUGGGCGAUCAAUACCCCUCUGCGCAAAUCACCGGCGUAGACCUGAGUCCCAUACAGCCAGACUGGGUGCCCCCGAACGUGGGCUUUGUCGUCGACGACAUUGCAAGCGAAUGGCUGUAUCCCGAGAACCACUUCGACAUGGUCCAUGCCAGACACAUGGGUGUUGCCAUCAAAGAUUGGGAGCACGUCCUCAACUCAGCAUACACACAUCUCAAGCCAGGCGCAUGGCUCGAAUUUUGUGAAUUUGACUACUGGCCGAGCUGCGACGAUGGCACCAUGACAGAAGAUAACCUCCACUACAGAUGGCAUACCCUUGUCACCGAGGGCAUGAAGAAAAACAACAUCGACUUGCACGCCGCCUUGCUCUUGAAGGCUAGGAUAGAACGUGCCGGCUUCCAGAAUGUGACCGAGAAGAUUAUGAAGGUUCCCUUAGGCCACUGGCCCAAANACCCUCUCCUCAAGAAGGUCGGCAGUUAUAUGCACGCUGUCCUGUACGACGGUCUACAAGGUAUACAAUCAUCCUCCCGUGUUAUCAUUGCUACAGCAUCUAACAAAAUGUUCGAUANNGGCAUUUGCAUGGGCCCACUAACAAGAGGUCUGGGCUGGUCGAGGGAUCAGGUCGAGCUCUAUCUGCCUGGUGUACGAAAGGAUCUAAACAACAUGAGUGUGCACACUUAUUACAGUCUGCACGUAAUCACGGCUCAAAAGCCAUACCAUUGA